GUAAUAUCCGACCUCACCUUGCCUUCCAUUGCCUUCAGGUUCCAUACCUUGCCUUAGCGACGGAUGCAUGCUGCCGACUUUACUUUACUACGUAUGUACAUUAGGUAUUAGUUGCUUACUUUAUUUUCCACCAGAGGUAGAAGACGACGACUGCAAGAUUCUGCCAGGUGUGCCUCAGCACUUACGCACUUACGUACCCGUCACUGAUUACCUCAACCUUGGCGACCUUAUCCAUCACCUUCCUUUCCCUCGGGUUCACGCUUCGCCUCAGCACACACCUAGGUACACACUCGCGCGACAUACCCACCUCAUCGAGACGUCCCUCUCCCCAAACACCCACGACCUUCAACUCCGCCGACCCAGGCUCCAAGAACCUCCAACCUACACACGAUUUGGCCAACUUUCGAGCGCACGCCUUUCACUCCGUCGUACUCGCCUAAUUCCGUCCUCAACAUUGCCAACCAUCGCAUUACAUUCGCGCAGCCCGACGACAACUUGCACGUUCGCCUGACGUAGUCCACCGCUUUGCCCACUCCAGGCAUCUUCUUGCCACAAAGCGCACCCGCAAUAUCUCCAAACCACUCGGAACAAGACAGCUUCUUGAUCUCACCCGCCACCACACAGCAUCUGCAGCGGCUCACAGCUUUUGCCCAACAUGUUUCGAGCUGCCGCAGCUGGUCCCUUUGACGAGGGCGUCGCCAAGGCCACCGACGAGAACCUGACGUCCGAAGACUGGGGAGCUAUCAUCGAGGUCUGCGACCGCGUAGGCAGCGAUGCAAAUGGUCCCAAAGAGGUUGUACAGGCAAUGAUUAAGCGUCUCGCCCACCGCAAUGCCAAUGUCCAGCUCUAUACCCUCGAACUUGCGAAUGCCCUCAGCCAGAACUGUGGCAAGAACAUGCACCGCGAGCUCUCAAGCCGAGCCUUCACUGACGCCAUGUUGAAACUCGCAAACGACCGCAAUACCCACACCCAGGUCAAGGCCAAGAUUCUCGAGCGCAUGAAGGAGUGGUCCGACAUGUUUAGCAAGGACCCCGAUCUCGGCAUCAUGUACGACGCCUACUUCCGCCUCAAGCAGAACAACCCGACUUUGCAGGCCCCCUCGGCGCCCCAGAAGACUGGCCUGACCGACCUCGAUCGUCAGAAGGAGGACGACGAGCUCCAGAUGGCCCUAAAGUUAUCGUUGCAAGAGGAGGAGAAGAAGAAGGCGCCUGCCGAGUCCAGCGCCGGCCCAUCCUCUUCUGCCGCCGCCGCUGCCGGAUCCUCGACACACGCCGCUGCACAGCCCCAAGCUCACUCUACACCAGUGCCUGCUGGCACGACAGCUGCCACUGUAUCAAGGGUGCGAGCAUUAUACGAUUUCGUUCCUUCCGAGCCGGGCGAACUCGAGUUCAAGAAGGGCGAUGUUAUUGCAGUCCUCGAGUCGGUUUACAAGGAUUGGUGGCGGGGCUCGCUCAAGGGGAAGACAGGAAUUUUCCCCCUCAACUAUGUUGAGAAGCUCACAGAUCCCACUCCUGAUGAGUUGGCACGUGAGGCACAGAUGGAGGCCGAGGUGUUUGCAGAGAUCAAGAAUGUCGAGAAGCUGCUCACACUUCUGAGCACGUCCAAUACGGCGCCGAGAGAAGAGGAUAACGAGGAGAUAUCGAAGCUCUACCAUCAAACGUUGGCCAUCAGGCCGAAGCUGAUCAAGCUUAUUGAGAAGUACUCCCAAAAGAAGGAUGACUUUACACAGCUGAAUGAGAAGUUUAUCAAGGCUCGCCGCGACUACGAGUCUCUUUUGGAAUCAUCCAUGUCGCAUCCUCCUCAGCCUAGUUACCACCAGUAUGCCAUGAGACCCGGUCCCGGCGGGUACCCAGGCGGACCGGGGGCGGGCUAUCCUCCUCAAGGGCCUCCUCAAGGCCCUCCUCAGGGCCCUCCCCACCAACAGCAGCAGCAGGAGCAGAGAUACUAUACUCCAGCUCCCCAAGAACAACCCCAAUACCCUCAGUCCACGCCCUCGCCGAAUUUCCAGCGUCCGGCACAGGCAACGCCUGCUCCUUUCUACGUAGCUGGUGCAGAGGUCCCUUCAGCGCCGUCUCAUAACCAACCGCAACAGUAUCCUCCGCGUGAUCAACGUAUUCCAUCCACGGGCAAGGCACAGGUGCCGCCGAUCAACACCUCGUCACCACCGCCGGCCAACACGUACUCCGCAUAUUCUGUGCCUCCCAACCAAGGAAGGCCACAGAGCACUUACGGUCCCCAGGAGCUGGCAACCUCUGUCUACGACUCCCCUAUUGCUACCCAUAACCCGAGCUCUGCUGCAACAUAUACGUCCUCCGUGUAUUCCCAAGACGAUUACAACAACGGUAGCCCCGUCGUAGGCAAUUCGACUGUUCCAGCACCUUCAUCCUUCCAACCAUCUGCACCACCAGUUGGGCAGCCCUCACAACCCCCUCAACAGCCACCGCAACAACACCAGCAGCCACAGUACCAGAGUUAUCAGCCACCAGGAGCUCAAGGGCAGGAUAAUUACGUCAGUGCCCCUACUCAGGCACCGCCGCCUGUGCCAACUGGAGCAGCUCCGCCGAUCCCUGGUGCCGGUCGAUCUGAAGUGAUGACGCCGCCGCCUCUGCAGCCCGGCGGUGCGGCCUACGAUGCUAGAAACAGCCUUCCGAGCCAGGGACCAUCACAGCCGCAGUACAGGGCGUAUGUUCCGCCCGGUGGCGGUGCCGAUGGGCCGAGCGCACCACCCGCUGCGGAUUACUAUCGACAGAGUGGCGUAUACUAGACGCGGGGGAGACUGGGUAGUAGCAAGCAGCCUUGAUAUCAAGUAGAUGAGGUGGUCAGUUUGGUCGGAGGCCAUCCUAUUAGGCGGGGUACAUUUGAUAUUUCUAAUGACUUUCAUUGAGUGUGUCUGGGAGGUAUCUUGGGCAUGAACGGCCGCCCCUCGGCCAUGCAAAGUUAUGUUGUGUAGCAAUCAGUCAAUCGCAUUGGUUGAUUUUCAGGAUGACGACUGUCAACUUUUUGGGAGUUGCAAAGCCCGUCUAGAGGGCAUCAUACCCGACAUGACGGGCAAUUUGUCGAUUGUGGAGAGGGAGGGAAACCACCGUAGUGAAAGUAGGAGGAAGAGGAAGGCCGAAGGAAG